AUGAAAUCCGAAGACAUAAUCCUGAGUAUUGCCUUCUUCUCCCAGACAGGAAUUGGAGUUCUAGGGAAUUCCUUCCUCAUUUGUCUCUUCAUCUUUAUGGUUCUCAGUGGACAUAGGAUGAGACUUGUAGACACUAUUGUCACUCAGCUGGCCUUGGCCAACUGCUUGGCGCUUCUCCUAAAGGGCAUCCCUCAGACAGUGAUAGUUUUGGGUCUGAUGAAUUUCCUGGAUGAAACUGGUUGUAAAAUUGUAUUUUACCUUCACAGAACAGCUCGGAAUCUUUCCCUCAACAUGACUUGCCUCCUGAGUGCCUUUCAGGCCACAACUAUCAGCCCCAGUAACUCCAAUUUGGCAGAACUUAAAGCCAGAGCCCCAAAAUACCUCAUUUUCUCCACUCUCUUCUGUUGGACUUUCCAGUUGCUUUUUAAUGUCUUUUUUCUUUGGGGAAUUAAGGGACCAAAGUUCACCAGAAACAGGACUGAGAUACAACAUUAUGGAUACUGUUCUAAUGUAGUUCCUUCUGGAUUUUAUGCCUCCUUAUUUGCAACCAUUCUCUCUUUUCCCGAUGUUGUAUGUUUGGGACUCAUGGUCUCUGCCAGUGGCUACAUGGUGAUUCUUCUGUUUAGGCAUCACAAGCAAGCCCAGCAAAUUCACAUUACCUGCCUCUCUCCUCGAGCCUCCCCUGAGACCAGGGCCACCAAAACUAUCCUACUGCUAGUGAGCAUCUUUCUCACCUCUUACUCACUCAAUUGCAUUUUGACCGCACAUAUGACUUUUGUAAAGUUCCCAUCAGGACUGAUGCAUACUUCUGCCUUCCUGAACUCAAGCUACCCAGCUGCUAGCCCUUAUGUGCUGAUCAGAAGUAACUCACAAAUUUCUAGGUAUCUCUAUGCUCUUUGUGGAAGGAAAAUUCCACAUUUUGACACUAAUAGCAAAUUAAUAUCCCCUACCCGGUGCGACUGCAAGAAAGCUGCCAUCAGAGUGAAGGAAUUCCUACAUCAAAUGAAACCUGAAUGUAUCCCUAAAUAUUAG